GUUUUGAAAGCAGCGGCCGGAAGUACGUUGUGUGUAGCCGUGUGUUGCUAAUGCAGGGCUAGCUCUGAGGCUGCAGAUGAAGAACAGUUCCUGCUGCAAAAGAAGCGACAGCAGGUCUUUAGCACAGUUUGGCCCGCUUUAAUAAUCGUGUCGGUUAAACCCGGACUGGGUCAGCUCACACACCCAGACACGGACACCCGGACACGGAGAGCUGGGGCAGGAGCGGCGGUUCGCUCAGGUAUCCGGGUUAGUUAGCUUGUUGCGGGGCAGCGGGAUGGAUCUGUUCGACGAUCUGCCGGAACCGACUCAGACCUCCGGUCCUGCUCCAGCAGCGCUCACAACUCCACCCCAAACCACCAGAGAAGAAGAGGAGGAGGAGAAAAGGUUGAAACGGAAACGAGAUGAAGCACACAGGAAGGAGGAGGAGGUCAAGAAAGUUUGCAAAGAAGGCCUACCAGUGCUCAGAGGAUACGUGGCGGCAAGACGUGGCGAGCGUGAGGAGAUGCAGGACGCUCAUGUGCUGCUGCCGGACAUGAGCGGGUGUCUGUCCACACUGCCAGGAAACGUGUCCCGUGUGUCGUACUUCGCCGUGUUCGACGGCCACGGCGGCGCUCGAGCCUCUCAAUUUGCCGCUGAGAACCUCCAUCACACUCUCGCCAAGAAGUUCCCCACAGGAGAUGCUGAAAACGCAGACAAGCUGAUUAAGAGGUGUCUCCUGGACACGUUCAAGCAGACCGACGAAGACUUCCUGAAGAAGGCCUCGAGCCAGAAACCGGCGUGGAAGGACGGCUCCACGGCCACGUGCGUGCUGGUGGUGGACGACAUGGUGUACGUGGCCAACCUGGGAGACAGCAGGGCAGUGAUGUGUCGGAUGGAGGCGGCGGCAGACGGACAGAGGAGGUCGGUGACUCUGGCGCUCAGUAAGGAGCACAACCCGACCAUCUACGAGGAGAGGAUGAGGAUCCAGAGAGCCGGCGGCACCGUCAGGGACGGCCGCGUGCUCGGUGUCCUGGAGGUGUCUCGCUCCAUCGGGGACGGUCAGUACAAACGCUGUGGCGUCAUUUCAACCCCCGACCUGAGGAGGUGUCAGCUCACGCCCAAUGACAGGUUCAUCAUCCUGGCCUGUGACGGCCUGUUCAAAGUGUUCUCAGCCGACGAAGCCGUGAAGUUCGUCCUCGGUGUCCUCCAGGAGGGGAGCGAGGAGAAGGGGGCGGGGCAGAUGGAGGAGGAGCGGCGGUUCGAGGCCGCCUGUCAGCAGCUGGCAAGUGAGGCGGUCAGACGAGGCUGCGCUGACAACGUCACUGUGAUCCUGGUUUCUAUUGGCUAUUGAACACAUCAUCAUCCUCAUCUUUGUUUCAGUGUGGCUGAUGUAACGUCCGCUUGUUUUACAAUAAAAAAUGUUUUAUUUUC